AUGACAACAAAACGCGAUUGGCAUCAUCAAGUUGAACAUGAAAGAAUUCCAGCUAAUGAAGUUCAUGAAACAAAUGAUGGAAAAACAAUUCGUGUUGAAUAUCGAGAGGAAAAUGGAACUAUUUAUAAAACAACUAAAACUUAUCGAAAUCAAAAAUUAAAAGUUUUACCAAUUGUUGCCGAACGAAAAAAAUGGAAAAAAUUUGGAAAUGCUGGAAAUGAUCCAGCUGGUAUAAAUACAGCAACAACUAAAGUUGAUGAUGAAAUAACAAUGCAAUUUAUUUCAAAUAAAGAAGUUUUUAUUUUUACUUUUACUUUUAUUUUUAUUUUUAUUUUUAUUUUUUUAAUUAUUAUUAAGGAUGAUAAACAAUAUGAAGAAAAUCUUAUUAAAGAUGCUGUAUCAACAUUACGUAAAGUUCAAUGUCGUUUAUGUAAAGGUGAACAUUGGACAACAAAAUGUCCAUAUAAAGAUAAUCUUCAAUCUUUUAUGGAUCAAUCAACAGAUAAACCAAGUGAUAAUAUAUCAACAUCAGUUAGUAAUGCAACAUCUCAAGGUCAAAAUGCUUCAAUAGGAACAAGUGGUGAAGCAUCAACUGGUAAAUGGGUAUCUCAAUCAGUACGUCGUGGUGGUACAGGUACUGCUUAUCCUGGUGAUCGAGGAGGAUCAACACGUGGUGGUUCAUAUGGUGGCAGAUCGAAUGAUAUGAGAAAACAAGAUGAAGCAACUGUUCGAGUAACAAAUUUACCUGAAGAAACUCAAGAACAAGAUUUACGUGAUUUAUUUACUCCAUUUGGUUCUGUUAGUCGAGUAUUUUUAGCUAAAGAUAAAACAAAUAAUACAUCAAAAGGUUUUGCUUUUAUAACAUUUAAUGAAAAGAAAGAUGCACAAAAAGCUAUUGAAUGUGUUUCUGGUUUUGGUUAUGAUCAUCUCAUUUUGAAAGUUGAAUGGGCAAAUAAACCACAAAAUCAAUAA